AUGAAACAAAGAAAUAUUAGAUAUAAAUUGGUCAAAAAGACAAGUCAAAUCGAAAGUGAAGAAGAAGAUGAAAACUUUAGACAAGAAUUCCUCGUCGCCAAAUCAAGGUGUCCUAUACACAAGGAUCGUGCUCCAAGUAUUGGUACAUACAAUGGUGAAAGUAUGGUCAAACAAACCAAUCAACAACGAUUUGGAAUAGCAUUGUCAUGCAAGAGAUUAUUUUCGUUUGUUUCAAAAUAUCUGAUAAAGAAAGGAGCGUUCAAAUUGGAAGAGUCGGAAAUAUCAAAACAGCAUCAACACUUUUCAAAUCAGUAUUGUCUGUUGGGUAAAUCAAUCAAUGCUCUUGCAAUUGAGGUGUCUUGGGACGCUGACAACAACAAGCCAGGUUGGAAGUUUCUAGAGCUCGAUCACUAUUCAAAAUUACAAAGUUUUCGAUCCUUUGGCCUCAACUAUCUAACUACUUUGCCAAGCGCUGACACACUAUUCCCAGCUCUGUGUCGUUUGAAAUCUCUUACGUCAUUGGAUCUAUCCCCCACCAAACUUGACAGUGCAAGAUUCAUCAACAAAUUAAAGAAUACUCCACUUAGAAAACUAUACUUUUAUUGGAAAGAUAGUCAAUUUCUAUUCAACCAAAAUGACGACUCCGAUGAAGAUACAAGUGGAUGGCCAUUGACACAAUCAUUGGAAGCAGUAUCAAUCAACUCGUUUGAUGUCAUUCCAAAGUUAGAUAGAUUACCAAAACUCAGACACCUUAGAAUCAUUAUCGAUGGAGAGAAUGAUCCGACAGAUGCAGAAAUACAAUCAAUGAUUCCAUCAGGGAUCUCUAAACUAUCAUUCAACCGUCCCAACACCGCCAAAAUGAGCAUAUACAACCCACAAGUGAAUGAACUGCUCAAAGCAAUAAAUAUGAAACAAAGAAAUAUUAGAUAUAAAUUGGUCAAAAAGAAAAGCCAAAUCGAUAGUGAUACUAGCGAUGUUGAUGAUGAUAGAGAAGAGCUAAAACCUGCAAAAAAUACAAGAAGAAAGAUUGAGAAAGUCAAACAUGUUACAAAAAGAAGAAAGAAUAGUAAUAAUAAAAUUGAUUUAACUGAUGAUCAAUCUGAUGAUAGUAGUAGUAACAGUAAUAGUGAUACUAGUGAUGAUGAUCUUCGUCCAACUAAAACUCAAUAUCAACAAAGAAAGAGAUCAUCUAAUAGAUUUAACAGCAACAACAAGAGAAUUCAUUUGGAUGAUGACGAUGAUGAAAGUGAAGAAGAAGAUGAUGAUGAUGAUGAUGAUAGUGAAGAAGAAGAAGUUAUACAACAACAAAUAUACAAAGAGCCAGAAUUGAAAAAGAAACUUAAAAAGGAUUUAAUUUUGAUUUGUCAAUCAUUGAAUAUUAAAGUGUUGACUAAAGAAACCAAAGAUACAAUAAUCAACCAAAUCAUAAAGACACAAAGUGAUCAAGUCGAAUUCAAACGUAAAAUGAUUGACAAUAAUAAUUCUCUGUGUGAUUUUAACAAGGGACCAAUUGAAUAUUCAUUGCCAUGGCCAAUCAUCAGUAGAAUACUAGAUCUAGUUUGGACUGGAUCAAAUAUAUGUACUUGUUACUAUAGUCAUCAAUUGAUAGAUACCACAAAACCCUAUUGUCCCGACCCUUUUGAUUACUAUCAAAUGUGGCCAGUCUUUCAACCAUUGUUAGAGCAACACAAAGAAUCAAGAAUGAAAUGUCCAAUGCACACAUACCACUAUUUGAACAAUAUUAUGCAUCCAACAACCAACAUGUUUGCCCGGUUCAUUUCCGAAUCGCACAAUGAUGCAAACAUAUGGAGAUACCAACUACUUGGGUUAUCCAAAAGAAUCUAUCAAUAUUUAUCGUACAAGCACUUGACCAAUAUUGAACUUGCAUUUGGCCAAGACACAUGGAAUCAUAUCAACAACAAGUAUUGCCCAAUCAAGGCACCAAAAGUGGCUCGUUUUAGAUGGAAACCACUAUUGAUAUCAGGAUUCAAGAAUCUUACAUCACUCAAUAUAUCACGCGCCAACAACUGGAAUCCACAAUUAUUGGAACACCUUCCACCAGGUAUGAUCAAACUAUUACUCCCGUGGAAUAGUAAGAAACCAAUCAAACUCAACACCAAUAUAGCCAAAACUAUUCGGAUCAGCAACGUCCAUCCCCAAAUCCAAAUGCCAAACCUACACACCUAUCAUGUUCCCUACACUGACUAUAAAAUGUCACAGUUUGAUCAUCCAAAAGUAACCAAACUAGUGGAUCGAUACAACAAGCCAGAAGCAGUCAUCGUUCCACCAACCAUUGACAUUUUCAAGUUGUGUGAAUUUCACUACUAUCAUAAUGGAUGGAAUAUCAACACUCUCGAACCAAAAUUCAUAAAAGGACUAGGGUUAAAAGUCAAACAACUUAUAAUAUCUUGCAAGUCAGAGAUAUCAGACAAAACAAUCAACCUCUUCAAACAAUGUGGAUUUGAAUAUCAAGGUGCUAAAUUUAAAGGAUCAUCAAUAAGACAAUUCCAUUUUAUCAAAACAAAAAAACCAACUCUAGUAAUUCCAAUCACCAAUACACCAGAAAUAGUAGAACCCACAACACCAACGGUCAACAACUCACUACUUCCCUACUAUUUGAUCGAAAAGAUAGUCAGAUAUUCAUGGAAUAGUUAUUAUUGUACAUGUGAAGGUUUGAGUAGUAAAACCAAGUUUUCUUUCAAUGAAUCACAAAUAUCACAGCAUCAUGAACACUUUUCAAAUCAAUAUUGUCUGUUGGGUAAACCAAUCAAUGCUCUUGCAAUUGAUAUGGAUUCUUGGGCCUCUUCCAACAACAAGCCAAAUUGGAAGUUUCUAGAGCUUGAUCACUAUUCGAAAUUACAAAGUUUUCAAUCCUUUGGCGUCAACUAUCUAACUACUUUGCCAAGUGCUGACACACUAUUCCCAGCUCUGUGUCGUUUGAAAUCUCUUACGUCAUUGGAUCUAUCCCACACCAAACUUGACAGUGCAAGAUUCAUCAACAAAUUAAAGAAUCUUCCACUUAGAAAACUAUACUUUGAUUGUAAAGAUAGUCAAUUUUUAUUCAGUGACCAAAAUGACGACGAUGAAGAUACAAGUGGAUGGCCAUUGACACAAUCAUUGGAAGCAAUUAUUUGUCACUCUUCUUUUUAA